GGAGUCCGAGUGACGCUCAUGAAGUGCAGCUGUUGUUGAGCGUCGGAGAUGUGAUGUGGAGUUUGGGUUCAGGCGGCUGCGACGUUCGUGUGGUGGAGCCUUUUCCCGCGGCUGAGACGGGAUAUGGCGAAUGUCAAAGUGGCUGUGCGGGUCCGGCCUCUGAGCAAAAGAGAGCAUGCAGAAGGAAGAAGAAUAAUUGUAGAAGUUGAAGACAAAGUGGCAAAAAUUAGAAACAUAAAGGUGGACAACAGGUAUGAAGCUCUUUGGGACACAAGGGAGAAAGUUAUGUCAUUUGGAUUUGAUUACUGCUAUUGGUCAGUUGAUCCUGAGGAUCCCAAAUAUACAUCCCAGGAAGUGGUUUUUCAGGACCUCGGUACUUCAGUAUUAUCUGGUGCUUUUAAAGGAUACAACAUUUGUCUUUUUGCAUAUGGACAGACUGGUUCAGGAAAAACAUACACCAUGAUGGGAACUCCAGCAUCUGUUGGAUUAACUCCACGUAUAUGUGAGGGGCUGUUUUCAAGGGAAGAUGACUAUUUAAAACAGCCAGCAUCUUGUAGAGUGGAAGUCAGUUUUCUAGAAAUCUAUAAUGAGCGAGUCCGAGAUUUGUUGAGACAACCAGCACAUAAAAAACCAUACACACUUCGUGUUCGUGAGCAUCCUGAGACAGGUCCAUAUGUACAAGGACUGUCACAACAUGUGGUUACAGACUACCAUCAAGUAGUUAGACUUCUGGAAGAAGGAAUAGCAAACAGAAUUACUGCAGUUACACAUGUUCAUGAUGCCAGCAGCAGAUCCCAUGCCAUCUUCACUAUUCAGUAUACUCAAGCUAUAUUAGAGAAUAAUCUGCCCUCUGAAAUUGCAAGCAAGAUCAAUUUAGUGGACCUUGCAGGCAGUGAAAGAGCAGAUCCCAGUUACUGCAAAGAUCGGAUUACAGAAGGUGCCAACAUUAACAAAUCAUUGGUAACCCUUGGAAUUGUCAUCUCUACCUUAGCACAAAAUUCUCAGAUGAUCAGCAGUUGCCAGAGUAUAAACAGCAUAGCCAGUGAUGUGGAUAGCAGCCAAACAGGCAGCCAAUGCGGAGCCAGCAUCAGUGGUCAGAGACGUCAAGCGUACAUUCCAUACCGUGACUCCAUCCUCACUUGGCUUCUGAAGGAUAGUUUGGGUGGUAAUUCCAAGACAAUUAUGAUUGCAACGAUCUCUCCUGCAAGUUCUUGCUAUAAUGAGACCAUGAAUACCUUGCGAUAUGCCUCAAAUGCCAAAAAUAUUAUUAACAAACCCCGGGUGAAUGAGGAUGCAAAUGUGAAACUGAUUAGAGAACUGAGAGAGGAAAUUGACAGAUUGAAAGCUAUGUUGAUGAGCUUUGAGCUGAGGAAUUUUAAUCCAUCUUGGAGUGAGGAUAAAGAUGGAAAUUUGACAGAAUUAGUUCUUCAGAAUGAACUUAAGAUUGAGCAGCUGACCAAAGACUGGACAGAUAAGUGGAUUAACAAGAAAGCUAUCAUGGAAGAAUACAGUGUGGAUAUCAACAAGAAAAAAUCUGGAGUGACAAUUGAUUCCAGUUUACCUCACUUAAUGACCAUGGAUGAAGAUAUCCUUAGCACUGGAGUUGUGCUUUAUCAUCUCAGGGAAGGAACAACCAAAAUUGGAAGAUGUGAUUCAAACCAGGAACAGGAUAUUGUUUUGCAGGGUGAAUGGAUUGAAAAGGACCACUGCAUUAUAGAAAACCACCAUGGGGUUGUGACUCUGCAGCCCCUUCAGGGAGUCCAUUGCAUUGUGAAUGGUCACAAAGUCACAGAUUCCUUCCGUUUGUCACAAGGAGCUCUUGUUGUUCUGGGUAAAACUCACAAGUUCAGGUUCAACCAUCCGGCUGAGGCUGCCAUUUUAAGGCAAAGACGAUUGAUCAGUGAGACCUCGUCUGCUGUGAGCUGUAGAUCUCUUGAAUGGUUAAAUCUGGAUGGAAAAUGUGCACCUCUGCUUUCCUAUAACUUGUAUCCAGCUGAAAAAGAAGGUAAACAAGUAGUUGCCAUCCAUGAAGAAUGCGAGCUGAAAGAGAAAAACAAGGAGGUUCACCACAGCAAGAAACUUCAAAAGCAGCUGCUAUAUGUUGAAGAAUUACAGCAGCAGAUUUUGGAUGGAAAAAUUAAAGCUGAACAAGAACUAGAACAUGAUCAGGCAGUAAUCAAUCAGCAGACCAGAGAAAACCAGCAGUGGCUUAUUCAUGAAGAGAAACGACUGUCAGUGCAGCAGCAGCAGCAUGAAUCUGGCUGUGCAGAAGAAGUAAAAUCAUAUGCAGAAGCGGGAGUCCAGAAUACAUUGGAACCAAACAUCUGCCCUUCUCUGAUACAGCAAAACAAGAAGAAAUUGGUACAACUAGAACUUUUGCAGAAAUACUCCUUAAAGGAAGCAGAAAGAAAUUUAAGGCGGAAGGAGGUCAAACUAUACUUAGAGAGGAUUGUGAAGAAGCAAAAAUUACUUGAGGCCAAGAAAAACCUGGAACGCUUAGAAGCUAGUUGCUGGAUCAGUGAAGAUAAUGUGAAACAUCCCCAUCCUCUGUAUCAAGAUACCAUAGUAACUUCUUGGGACUGCAAGUAUCCAAGGCCAGGCCAUUCAUCAGAUGGAAGCUCCUUGCAGCGCAGAAAGAAUUCCUUUUUAAAUGUUCAUCUACCACAUGUUCCCAGUCACUGUUUUUUCCUGAAAAGGGAUACCUCCAAUGAAUUAUCUACCUCAGCACACAGCUACAGAUGCUCUCAAGUCAGUCAAUCAAAGAAAUCAUUGUCUGUGGAAUAUCUUCCCAAAACAGUUAAAGAACUUUCAAGAACAGAUAAUGUUGAUGUUGAGAUUGAUGAUGGCUCCUUCGCAACCCAGAGGCAGCUAACUGAAAUAUAUAAGUCAUUAUGUCUGGCAAAUAAACAAAGAGCAGACAGUAGCAUUAGUAAUGUGCAAGUAAUUUCUCAUAUCUAUAAAGACUAUUAUCAAAUGGAGAAAACAGAUAAUAGACCAAGGCAAAUUCGACCUAAAGCCCAGAUUUCUAAGAGCUGUUCUCCUGAUCUCUUUAAGAAAAAGAGUGAACCUGAAACCAGAAAACGAGUGACUAGAACAAAAGCACUAGGAGACACUAAUUUGUGUAUGGGAAAACACUUAGAAGAGAAUGAAGAUCAGGAAAUCAGUAAGAAAAAAGGAAAAUGUGUAAGAAACAAACACCAGGGUUCUCUGCCAGCAAACUCUAUCGAAGAACUAAAAAGGUCAGCAGCAUGUGGUAAACUACCAGUACAGCAUGUUAACCAGACAGCAAAAAAUGUAAAAAAAGAUCCGAAAGACAAACAGUCAGAGGAAGGACGUGAACUUCUGAGGUCGGCAACUUCAGCAGGGAGCCUUAACAAGAUAAAUAAUGAGAAACUUAGUGAAAAAAGGUGGCAUAGUGCUGAGGUGCUGAGUGUUGGAAUCUCAAAAACAGCCCCUGAUACACUGAGGAGCUGGCAAGAAGAUGAAGAUGUUGGAUUUUCUGAUACAGAUAGUACAUAUUCUGUGGAUUCUCUUUCAUGUAUUUAUACAGCAGUCCUGACUGAGCAAGUGAGGCAGGAAGAGUCAGCUGGAAUUCAGGACACCCUUGACCUGGAAGAUGCUGAAAGUGAUGACAGCCAGAUGUCUCAGGAUUCUCUUACAGAAAAGUUGAACAAACCUGAAAGCCAAGAUCAAAAGUGUUUUCCUUGGGCCCAUGAAGAACCUGUUAACUUUUACAAGGACAGUAACUGUCAGCCUCUCUUCUCAGUAUUGGCAACCACAUCUACAUCAGGCAGUCAUUUGACUGAGCAUGAGAGAAGCUUUUCUUUGGAUAGUCUAGGUGAUAUUGAUGAAGUAUCAGAAGACAUGGCAGAGGAAUGCAAAUUGGAGUCAUUAGAUGAAGUGCCAGCAGAACUUUUUUGGGGAUUGCAAAAUCCACAGUUAGAAACCAGAAAUGGCAAUGAACAGCACAACUCUGAUGAAAAUAUAAUAAGAAAAUCUGAUGACUUGAAUUUCAAUGCUAGUUCUUUUUAUCUGGAUGCUAGUACACAGUCUGGUUCCAGUAGCAUUUGUGAUCAGUCACUGAAGGAGAUGAAAAUUAAUUUUUCAGUUCAAGGAAGGUCUUUAGAUCAAAGACCACAUGCUGCAGGUGAAAAUCUUCCAAUUUCGUCAGAUGCUUGGCUUUCCUAUGACUUAAAAAGUGGGAAAAGCAGCCCCAUAACAGUGAUGCCUUCUUUCCAAGACCACUCAGAUUUUCAGGUUGCUCAGGUACACCCUUUUAACACUUCACAUAACUGGAUGAAGAAGGAUGAACUAAGACAGUCAGCUGCUGAAUUAUCAUUUGUCUCUUAUAAAGAGCCUCAUUGGAUAGCUCAUGAGCCUACCAAAAUUGAGAUGCUAUUUUCAUCUGCACCACCAUCAACACCAUUACCAGAAACAAGAAAACAUCUUGAGAGAGAAAUGGUAGGAGCUGCAAUGUCAGUUUUCAGCUCAACAGCAGACAUUUCAUUUGAUCAUGUUUCUGCAUUUCCUACAAAACACAGUUACUGUGAGAUUGCCUUACCACCAGAGUCUAAUAACCAUCAACCUGAUGAGUUGGCUGAGGGUGGAUCUACUGAUGAAUGGAAGCAAACAUCUAGCUGUUUAAAAGAAACCCCAGGCAAAAAUAAUUCAUCUCAAGCAUCAGAAAAACAAGACCUCUCUGUUUCUUCAAUUUAUCCUGAGAAGAAUGAAGUUUCAAAAACUAACUCAUUGAUUUCUACAUCCAGUAUGCACUGUUUACAAGGAGAAGAACCUCAUAUAACUACUAAUCUAGAAGACUGCAUCUUUAGAACUAUUGAAAAAGACAGCAUUGAUUAUGACUGUGAUGGUAGUAUAAAGGACUCAGAAGUAGUUGAUUCAAAUACUGAAGAUAAAUCCAUCUGCACAUUAUCCAGUGAGCCUCCUAGAUUGGCUACAGUGGGCACAACAGAAGAAAAACAUCAAUGCCAUGAAAAUUUGUUUUCAAACAAAAAUAUAUUAUUUAGUAAUGAAAGUUUCUGUCUGUGUGACAUAAGAAGCAAAAGUCAAAAUCAUGUUGAGGAAGAAGAGUAUUCUCAUGAUAAGAUCCAUUUGGUAAGAUAUGAUGGAUGUAAUUUUAACCUAGCACAGAAAAUAAGAUACCAGCAGGUGACAGCAGAAGACACUUCGGUGAGCAGUUCUGCUGAAAACAGAUCGUAUCCUAUGAAGACAGCAGCCUCUCACCGUAAGGAUCAAUUUACUCCACUACUACAAAUCUCUGCAACUGAGAAAGCCAUUAUAUAUGAAAACAGAGAUGUCUUAACAGAAUCUGCUUUAGAGGUGCCUUCGUUUAGAGAGGUAGAAGAAAAAAAACUGCAAGAUGAAGAAUGGAGUUUAGGAAAUUGUUUUGAAUUUCAAACCGAAGCCUUAGUGAGCAAGUCUUAUUCUGGUUUCAUACCAGACUGCUCUGAAAAUUACUCAAGACAAAAAGGUUUGUUAAUUUUGGACACUGAACAUUUGAUGAGAAACACCAUUGAAGGGAAAAUGUAUAACAUGACUUGUAUGGAUUUGGGGACAGACAACGUGAUAUGUUCUAGUGUAAAUGUAAAUGAGAAAAAAGGUGAACUUUCAGUUCUUGAUUCUUGUUCAUUUGAUGAUAAAGUCUCUUCAAAAUCCAAUCCAAAUAUAUUGUGCCAAAACACAACAAGAGUAGAAAAGGACGUUUGUGAGACCAGAUCAUUUUAUACAGGAAAUAAUUCAAAAGAAACUGGCUCUAUUACCUCUAUUGAUGAGAAACACACAGUUCUUUAUAAUUCUGACAAGUUUGGCUGUCCUGGUAAAACCAAAGUUCGGCACAGAUCUUUACCUUCAUCAAGAGAGGUGAACGAAGCAUCACUUCUGUGUAUGGACCUUAAAAAAACUGACUAUUCAGGAGUGGAAUUGUGUACCACUCAAGCCGAAAAUUACACUGAAAAUAAUUCUGUAAAAGUGUUAGAAAAUAGAGUUUUCUCAGCUACAGCUUCCCAGGCACAGACUCCUUGUGUGAAUAAAGAAUCUGAAUAUCUCAAAGAGAAAGUUGUCACAGCUGCUGUAUCACUUUCUGGAGAAAAUAAGAGUAAACAUAGUAGUAAGUCAGUGUGCUGUGAAGAACUCACUAAGCUAAUAAAUAGUGUUAACAAACUGGAAAAUGACAUGUUAGAAAUUAAAUCUAGUCAGAAUAAAAGUUUGUGUAAUUAUCCUGGAAUUGAAUCUCAAAGUGAACCAGUAGUGAAUAGGAAGAGCUUUGAAUCAAGUUCUCCUUUUCACAGACCCAGCAAUGAGCAUGAGAACUGUGAAAGAGGAUUGCCUGUAACUGAAACACAGGAAGAAACUAAUGAAGAGAAGGUCCAGCUGAGUGAUAACAGCAAAGGAGAACUGUGUGCAUCAAAAGCAACAACUGGGCCUGACAUCACCUUUCAGUCAAGCAAUGUCGAUGAAAUUAAAAUUCAAGAAAAUUCAAAAGAAAGUGAAUGUCACACCACAGACAUGAAAGCAGAUUGGGAAAGAACUGAGUCAGCUGUGUAUUGUAGCUCAACAGUUUUAACUAAAAAAACUGUUAACUGCCUUGACGAAUAUGAAGAACCUGUUCAAGAUGACAGAGUUAUAAAAACUGUUUGUGCCUCUGUACCCACAGAAAGCAGACAAGAGGACACUUCAGAUUGCAGUAAAGAACAUAAAAAAACACCUAACAAUGAAAGUAAGAGUUGUUUAAUAGAAAGCUUGAUAUCCCCCAAGGUUGUUUUUCAAGAAAAUGCAGUUGAUGAGAAUAUAAUUAAUUUUGAAACAGAGGGCAAAGAACAAAGUGAUGCAUCAGAAAAAGAGGGGUUAAUUGGGCCACACACUGCUGAAAAUGAUGCUUUAGUCCAAGAGAAACCAGCUUAUGAUCAUCUAUAUUGUGACAGUGCCAAUGAUGAUGAGAUUCCAGAAAAGUAUUUUGUUGCUUCUCCAUUGGAAGAAGAGGAUGGACUUCAGUUACCAGUAGCAUGUCUUGACACCGAUGAAACACAGAGAGAAAGAAGUCAUUCAGGUGUCACAAAUAAAACACUGAGGGACAAUAGUAAUGAUGGUUCUUUGUGUGGAGAUAGAGAUGUAGUUGGGCAAUGCAAAAUAAGUGAAGAGUUUGGACAAGUAGAUAAUUUUGAAAAUAUUAAUGCAUCUAUAACUUUAGAUGGAAAUGGACUUGAUAUUUAUGAAUCUGUCGCAGAUGACUUUAUACCUAAUAAAAAAGAGGAAAUGCAUCUGAUAACCCCUGCUCAUUUGGCUAUGACUGAGGUACUGGCCCAUAGCUCCAACACACAAAGCAUGCAUAUUUUUAAAACGGGAGAGGAAGAGAGGUAUUUCAAAGAAAAUAGUGAAAGAGCAGAACUAGAAACUUCACAAAAUCAAGCUGAAGUUCUACCAGAGAACAGAUGCAGCUACUGUAUUUCAAACAAGGAGACCUUGUUAAGUGAAGUAUCAGAAGAAAGUGAAUGGUUACCUCACAUUUUUUCAAAGAAUAAAGGUGAUGUUGGUAAUGACUCAGUAAAUGUUAACCAAAAAGAUCUACCAGAAAGUAUAAAUCUAAGCUAUAGAGUAACUGCCAUAGGUGUUAAAGAUUUGCUCUGUCAGCCUGUCCAUAGUCCUUUGUUAACUGGAAAAAAUAGAAGUGAAGAAAAUAUUCAAGAUGACCCUACUGAUGCAGGUGAUUCUUCAGUGCUAUUCAGUAGAAGCACUAGUGAUGUCACAGGUCUCCAGUACUAUGAAACACAAAUGGGUAGUAACAUACAGGCUGGAACACUGUCUACCUCUACCAAAGGAAGAAGAGAUAAUUCUGAUGUUGUUGUGCAAAACAACUAUAUUAACUUUUCUCAUGAACUACUAGAACAGGACAGAGAAAUGAAAGCAGACAUCAGAUUAAAAAUAGCUUCUGAUUAUAUUGGAUCUGAGCAAGUUCCUAGUGAGGAUAACCCAAAAUCAUGUAUUGCAGAAUACCAUGGAUCGCUAGCUUUUGUUCCUGCUAAUGAAAAAAUGCCUCUCACAAAGUUGUUAUCUGAAAAUGCAAGUAAUGAUUUGGGGAGUUCUAAUGAAAAACACAGUGCAAGAGAAGACCAAAAACCAGAACAUUAUUUACAUUCAGUUAAAAACUUUGCUCAAAAAGAACAUGCUGUGUUAGGCUCAUUUGGUUCCAAAACAAUGUUUCCCUCUGCAGUGUUCAAAGAAAAUGCAGAAGAAAUAAUACAGUGUUUACCUGAACUUUCUUCUGAAAAGAAUUUUAAUAGUAUUAACAGUCAGAAAGUGUUGGAUUCACUAUUGCAACAUAAUCAGACAAAUAAAUGCUUCGGAAAUACUAAUUCUACUGAGACAGAAUGUGAAACAAAUAGCGAACAGAUUAUCAGCGAAUUGGGGUCUCAGGGAAAAACUGAGACUAUGGUGUACAGAUCUUCUCAUGAUCUCUGUGAGAGGGACUCUGACGUGACUUCAGAAGGUGGAGAAGAACUUUUACAGCACUCCACCCAAGCCUUGUGGGAAAAUGCUAAUUACCGUGAUGACAGUUGUGCACAGUGCAAUAUGAAACCAUAUGUUUCUGAAUAUUCUGCUAGUCUCUUAAACAGUUCCACUUCAUUUCCAAACGUUUUGUUAGAGUACUCUAUAGACAAGUAUGAGACUGGUGGUCUUUAUUUUGGGGAAAGAAAAAACAUAAACUCUAAAUUUUUGGAUGUAAAAAGUGACUAUGAUGUGCAUCAGGAAUAUAGCAAAAUCAUCAGUAAUGCUGAGAGUGCAAAACCUCAAGAAAUAGUGGAAAUAUAUCAAAAGGAAAAGCAAGAGGAAAGUUCUUUCCCUGAAUGUCUGGGUAAGAAUGAGAAUCAUCUACAUUUACAGUUUCAGAAUAAUGUAGAUAGGACAGAAAUAAGUUUGCAAGAGAGAAGCUUGCUUACUCAUCAAAGCUUAGAACAAAUAAGCAAUGAUGAAGUGAUGCAGACUCAUUUAGGUUCUCUGAAAGAUUUUCCCAUGUGUACAGAAUUUAAAAAUGCAAGUAUUACUGAGUCUUCAAGAUCCCCUGAAGAUUUCACAUCUUCCAUGUGCAUGCAUUAUACUGACUCGCUACAAGAUGCAUUUUUGACUUCCCAUUUGUCGUCUGCUUUCCAAGUGCAAGAAAGUCAAGUGGUCUGUUAUCAAGCUUCUCCAGAGGUUCCAUGCUCAUCUUCAGAAGCCCCUGUUAGCCUCAGUAGAUAUCAGAGCGAAACUGAAAGACCAGUUCUAAAUGCAGCUACAUCAAGCUUCCCAGAGCCUGUUACCAGUCAAAUGCAGGAAAGUCAGUGCAGUGAUACUGUGAUAUUUGGCCAGCAGCCAUGUGCUUUAGAGACUACUUCUAGCUCUCAAGGAAACACAAGUUUAGAUGACAGUGAAAUCCACAAAUCUAAACUUGAAAAAAACCACUCUGAAGCAGAAGUUUGUCCAAAGUAUAGAGCUAAAGUUCCACUGCAAAGAUGUUUAGAAAACAUUGGCCCAAAUUCAUAUCCUCCUCCACAUUCAUGCCCUGAUUCACAAAGAGACCAAAGUACAUAUUUUAGUAGCAGUGUUAAUAUAGAAAAUAGACCUACCUCUGAAGCUAAUACUGAUGUCAUUAAAAAAUGUGAAUUGAAUAAGGAAAGGGAAUUUUUGAUGUCAGAACAGCUAAAUCCCUCAGUAAUUAAUGACAAUAUGUCUUCUAAAUAUUUAUCAGGUAACAGCUGUUUGUCUUUGCAAAAAGAACCUGAACCAGAGAUACUUAGAAAGAAAGAAAAAGGUUUUACUGUACAGAAUGCAAACAUUAGCAGAGAUGAUGAACAGUGUGGUUUACAGAGUCAUAGUUUAUCAGCCCCAUCUAUUGUUGUCAUUACUAAUUUUGAAUGUGCUUCUGAAACGUCAUCUAAAAUAGACUAUUGUGAGCAUCUUGCUUCUAAGUCAUUACAGGAAUUAAAUAUGAGUGUUGAGCCUCCAUCCCCAACUGAAGAUGAUAUACACAGAACUGAUAGCUGUUUAAAAUUUAAGGCAGACAGUGUUGUUCCAGUUAAAUAUAAACCGAGGUUUCAAAAGAAAUCAGCUCAAGCUCAGAGAUCCAUUAACUCUGAUAAAAGAAACUGGAGAGAACGAUCUCAGAGCAGUCACUCUUCAGACCCCUCUCCUGUUCGCUAUCCAGUAGCUGUUGAUCGCACAACUCAUAGUCCCAUGGAUACAGAGACUGGAAAGUGCUCAGAUAAAGUUCCUUUAGUAUAUGGACACAACAUGGACACAGAAGAACUAAGAUUCCGAACAGAAGCAUCCUGUGGACUAUUACAGGACAAUAAAGAUGUAAUGCACUUUAGUUCAAGUGAUAUUAAUCCAUAUAUUCACUCAUGGCAGCAAGAUGAACGGUGUAAGAUUGGUUGGAAGCAGUAUGUUUUUGGAAGUGCAAGUGAUGUCUCUUGCAACCCACCCCCAUUGAGCCUGGAUACUCAAACAGUUAUGAGGUGCUCCAGUGUGGAUAAUGGCUUAAACUCUGAGAAUUCUCCUUUCCAUUCUCAUCUCAGUUCUUAUGCUAAUGCGAGAAUACUGUCGAGCACCAUAAGUAGCACAGAUGACAUUCAGGGAUGGGAAGUUGCAAGAGAGGGCUUUGAAUCUACACAUUCAGAUGAAAGUAUCAAACAUUAUUCCAAUGCUUCUCAUGAUGAACAUGAAACUACAUCUGAGAACUGCAUUUCCAGAUGUGAUCGCUCUCAACAGUCCGGAAACACGUCCAUGCAGGUUGAUGAAAUUGUUCUGCUCUACCCUUCUGAAUCAGAUUUACCCUGUAGUAAACCUCAAGGCCAUCUUACUUGUGAACGGGAAACACAAACGGAGCCUCCAGCAAAGCAUAAAAGACCAAAGAGACACCGCAGAAGCUACACUGAUAUAUCUGCAAGAAAACCAGAGGAAGCUAGGAGUUCAUUCCAACAGCCAUCUUCUUGGUCAAGUGUACAGAAUCUUUCUAUGCAUCUAUCACAGCUGCUUCACAGCACUUCUGAGCUGCUAGGAAAUUUUUCUUUACAUACAGUUAAAGAUAAUGAACAAAGCGACCAAAAAACAAAGGAUAAGGAAAAUGUGAAAGCUUCAGUGUCUGAUAGCUAUACUCAAACAACAGAAGACAUAGGCAUUCAGACAGAUAUUCUAAGACACCCUCAAUGCAAGAACAAAGAAAACCAAAUCAAAUCUAAAAUCGAAAGUGAACCAAUGAAAUCUCAGGAGGUAAAUGUGAUUGUGAAGGUUGUACAUACAGACACUGUAGCUCUGAUGAAAGAGAGAAUAUCAGAUAGAAAGGGGUUGAUGCUACAGAGCAUGCCUGACUUAAGAAGCCAUGAUGACAAUAAAAUUCUAGAAGAGUCCCAUGUGUCUAAGGCUACCUUCAAUAAAGACUCCAGUUCUUCCCUAGACAUGCAGAAGAUACCAUUAGUUGCUGCACAAACAGUUACCCUUGGCAAUCUUGAACCUUCUCUAACUACAUCUUCUUUUCACUCUCAACAUGAUGAGACUUCACACCUGGUAGUUAGUAAACCUUCCUCUAGCAUCUCUCUAUCUUCAGCAUGCUAUUCUCAAGAUAGGAAACAUGUCAGUAAACAUGGAAUUCCAGAAACAAGGGAACUGUACUGCAAUAACAGCUUGUUCGUUGACCGUGCAUCUUCCCCUAUUCUGACGCUUAGUGCCAGUCCAGUCAGUCGGCAGCAUUCAUUAAACAAAUCCACUUCUUUCAAAAGUUCUGUUGGGAAUCUGAGAGAUACAGCAAAUGUUCUAGCUAGUUUUAGAAAAAGGGAAUCAGGCCCACUAUACGACAUUGCUUCUCAGGAUCUUCAUGUAGAUACUUCUUCACAAACAGACAGUGAGUCUACCACAUCUAGAGAUAGCAAGGAGGUUUGCAAGAAGUCUGAAAAUGCCUUGGCUAAGAAUACAGCCAAAGAGCUUUCAGGUAUAGGUGCAUCAAAACAAAAGCACAGAAUUACACAUACUGCAGUUCACACCAAAAGACUCUAUCAUUCAAGCAGCACAUUGGAACUUUCUAGCCAUGGGGAAUAUUCAGUCGAUGAUCACAGAGAGACUGUGCCAGUGGAACAUUCCUUUCAUCAGAUAUGUGCAACCAGGACAGCAAGAAACUUUUCAGGUGGAAUCAAAUAUGAAAGUCCUGUUGGAAAUUCUGAAUCCUCACCAACUAAUAAAUCCUUUCAGAUAUCUUUAAAUGAGCUUAAUAGAUCUUCAUCUUUAAAAUCUACUGAGUCCCCAAGGUGUCUGCUUGAUUCUUUUUCUCCUCGGUGCCAUCAGACUUGGAGAACUAACAAAAACUAUCCUUGUUCAGCAUCUGAAAUUAGUGAAAUGCAAGGUGAUGAUACUGUUGAGGCAGAAUCAGAUAUGGAAACUGAGUGUAAUACUGAAAUUCUGCUAAAUGAAAAUACUUCCUUAGUAAAGACUCACAGACUUCGUAGCUAUAGUCUUCGUGACCUGCCUGUGCACAAUAAAUUUAGCAACUGGUGUGGUGUGAAGGGGGGUGCCCACUCAUCUUUAACUAGCCUGACUCGAAGUACUGGUGAUAUCCAGAGUCCGGCAGAAAGGCGGACAAUUAACACAAGAACAAUAGAAUUUCAAGAUAGACCCUUGCUUGGUGAAAGGAAAACCAGAGAAAUUGAGAGACUACAAAGAGAGCGUGCCCAGGUUAUGUCUGGCAUCCAUUUUGAUAUGAAUCAGCCUCCUCUUACUGUGGAACUCACUGAGGCAAAGUUAAAUUAUGGCAUUGGGGAAACAGACGCACAACUAAGGAUCCUUCAGAGUGGAGCAGGCGAGAAUUUGACAUCAGUGCCCACAAAACAGCAACUUUAUGAAAGGCACAGAAAGUCAAUUGAGAUACUGAGAAAACAGAGAGAGGAGAGACUUCAGUGUUUCCGAAGGAGUCGUAGCCUCAGUCCACAAAAACAUCUUAGUCUUCUGCAGUCAGUGGAUAUGAACCAGAGAGAUUCAGACCUGCCUAGCCGACACUGUGAAUACCUACAGCAACUGAGAAGAGAUGUUAUAGAAAAUACCAGAGUUCAUGAACCAAAAAUGAGGAUUCAGCAUCCUUCAGAGAUUGAGCUGCUGCUUCGAGAUUAUCAGAAAGCACAAGAAGAGACAAAAACAGAAAUUGCACGAGCCAGGGACAAGCUUCGUGAAAGAGCAGAGCAAGAAAAGAGGCGCAUUCAAGAACAAAUAUUGUCUCAACUACAGAAGGAAGAAAUGAAGCUGAAAACCCUUGUAAGCACAAGCACUUUAUGCACAGAUUCUACCCUCAGUCUAUCUUCAGGACCAACAUCUGGAUACAAUAGUAGUAACACAGCUACAUAUGCUGCUAACAUAUUGGGCAAGCAAGAAGAGCAGGCUUCUCUUGAAGAUGUAGAACACCCAAGAGGCCGCUCAGCUAUUAGAAAUCAUCAAGUUUAUAUUGUUGAACAACUGCAAAAAGGUUCCACUAAUGAGACUUUUCAUACAACAUCAUCAUGUAGAGAGAACAGUAUCCAGUCAUCACUUCCUGCCAGCCAGAGGUUCUUUCAUAGCAUAACUAUUUCCCCUGGCACCUUUCCAGCUUCUCCUACAAAAGGAUAUGAGGAUCUGUCUAAAUAUGUCUUGGCUAAUGCUACUGCAGAGGUUAUGGCUGUAUGUUCAAAUGACCUGAGAAAUCUUUACAGUGGCCAGGCAACAGCUGGUUGGAAAUACCAGUGUAUGGAAAAGGAUGUGCUAGUUUAUUACAAAGCCUUUUCAUCAUCUGCAACAAAGCAUGGGUUCUUGGGAGCAGGAGUGAUUGACAGACCUCUUCCCACUGUGUUGUGUAUGCUGAAGGACCCUAGCAAAAGGCAUUUGUAUGACAAAACCAUUACCACAGCUCAAGUUCAUAAGAAAAUAACUAGCAGCAUUGAGUUGGUGUACGUGGUGAGUGACAUUUCCUUGUGUUACCAGAAGCAACCAAGGGACUUCUGCUGCAUCUGUGUAGAAGCCAAAGAGGAGAAUGUGUCCAUACUAGCUAUCCAGUCAGUGUAUGAAGAGUCAAUGCCUCGUCCUUGUAAAGAAAUGGUACGAGGAGAGAUUUUGCCCAGUGCUUGGAUAUUAGAACCGGAUACUAUGAAUGGAAGAGACAUCACUAAAGUCGUCUACAUGGUACAGGUUGACCUUGGUGCCCCAGCCAUCCCUGCAAGGCUUCUGAGCUCCGUUGCCAAGCGACAGCCUUUGGUGAUAGCUAGACUGGCUCACUUUCUUGCUGGUUAGGCACGGGUGGAAUACUGUAACCGAAGUCUAUCAACAAAGUGUGAAUACCAGCAGUGCCAGGAUUAUAGCCUACUAGCUGGCUUCAGAACUGGAAGCAAGCCAUCCUAGGACAGCUAAAUGGACCCCGCAACACAAAUACAGAGCAUCUGGUUUUGGACACAGCAAUCCAAAAAGCAAAUUUUAAUCAAAGCAUUUACUUUUUAAAGUCUUAUCCUCCUGUUCAAUAUUUGGAGAAGGGCAAUCUAUACAGAACCAAUGAUCAAGCAAUGCUUGCUCCUUUUGUAAACCACCAACAUUGACAGCCAAAUGUUUGCAAGCCUCUGCAGUUUUAAAUUGAAAAUUUUCUUCAGUCUGUUGGAAGACUGCUGGUGCAGCAAGAGACAGAGCUGAUCUAAACUUGAAUUUAGAGGUAGCAGGUCUGGAGUUCAGUUUAGUAGCCCUUCACCACUGCAGCAAAGCUACUGUAAUUUCCUUUGCAGCGCACCUGACCAAAGGGUGCUUGCACACUAAGAAUUAAUUUAAUAACUGUACUUCAUCAGCUUUCUGGUUGGAUAAGAUUGCAGUCCCUCUCAAAGUGGGGUUAGGGUAUGCUGACUUCUAGUCAUUUAAUAUCAGCUGUUUUAGGCACUGCCUAUUUACUCUCAGUCUGAAACACAAACACAACUCAGGUAGAAAAGACAAAAGUUCUAUUGCAGAAUCACAGCAACACAAAGUUGCUUGAAACUGGAUAGACCAAAUUCAUAGCUCAAAAGCAUGCUGUGUCAGUCAGUGGAAUGGGGUGCAGCAGCAGCUGGUGUGUCCUUUAGAUUCCCAGUUCUCUGUUAACAGCAGCAGGAUUCUAGGACUUCAGAAUAUUCACAAAAUCUUAAAGCAGUGUAAGCCCACUGACCCCACCAGGCUGGAACUGGCCGAGGGGUCAGUGCGUGUUCCCCUUCACACCCUACUAAUCAGUGCUUGAAGCCAUUAUUUAUAAUGCCACUCCUGACUCUCUCUCCUCUAGGCUUAUUAUUAGUAUUCCAUAAAACCCAUUCCCUUCAACUACAACUGCUUUUUGCAGUUCUGCUACUCCUUAAGAUCUGGUUUGUUGGGACAAAUACUUUACUACAUCAAAUAAAACUUGUUUUGUAAUAUUCCUGUAAUUCUGUUUAUAAUAAAUUUGUACAAACACACACACACACACACACUAUAAACUAGGAUCUCAUAGCAUGUUUUAGUCAUGUGAAGAUGUAAGCUAUUUGAUUCAGAUUGUUGUAAAAAUAGAACUUUUAGAAGCCUAGUACAAACGUCACGUUAACUUGAUAGCUUUUGCACCAUUUUCUGCCACCCUGCUCUUGUUAGAAGCCAGCUUCUUGAGGUUAGUGACUCACCUGUAAUGGUUUUAUUGGAACUAUUAACUGCUCCCAACUUAUUUACAGCAUUCUUGUAACAGUGGAAACAGUAAUAAGUGAGUAGGUAAUUGGUGGGAAUUAGUGUGAAAUAAACUUUAGUCAUCUUUUCUCACCACUGAAAGAACUGAGGAUAGUGGCAGGAAAGAUGAAAAAUGUACAGUAUUGUUGGUGCAUGAAACAAGUUGCUUAUUUGCUAGGCAGUAACCACCAAGUGUGAGCUCCAGAGAGCCAUGUAUGGGAUACCCAGGGGUUUUCUCCUCCCCCAGCAGCCACUCUUUUGGAGCAGGGUGAAAUACAGGCAAGGUAGAGUUCUGCAGAUGCCCCCCCAAAAGGAGUUAACAACCAGCUUAUUACCAAGAGGGGGGGAUGGGAAUAAAUUACUUUUCCACAAUUCAGAAAUAAUUGAUUCAGCUGGAGAUUGUACAUGACUAUUAGCACAACCAAUCUUAAAAACGUUUACUUAGGAGUAAGCAUUAAAUGUGGGUAGGGUUUACAUGCGUAAACAUGCAGAAGCCCAGGCUGUCAGCCCAAAUGGUAAGCAUCUAUCUGUUGAGAAUUCAAAGCACAGAAAUUAUGUUUAGUAAUUAAGCUUAAUAGAGCAUGGCCAAACCAAAUUACCGUAUAGCAAAAAUCCUGUGAGAUAGUUUGCAAUAUCCAGGCCUGUGGAUUACUUGGUGGUUACUGGGACUGGGGAAGGACAAUCCUAUAAACUACUCAGAGUACCAGCAAUGCAGAUCAUCAUAUGUGAAUUAAAGACAUACUUCAGAAUAUAUUUCCAGUUUAAGACCUCCUAGAUGUUAAGAUUUCUCCCCCCCCCUUUUUUUUGGACAUGGCACUCUGUUAAUGAACCAAAUAGCAGGAACAACAUCUAAGAGGGACUCUACUCUUAAUACAGACGGU